GUUGGUGGAGACAGGAAGGAGGAAGAGGAGUCGGGAGCAUUUCGAUAGAGAAAAGAGAAUAUAACCUCUAAAAAGAAUAAGAACCCCUAUGCUCACUGAGAGCGGUGCAACAGGUGUCCAGGACCAGCACUCACAGGGACAGGAGUAUUUCAACAGAAGAAGCAUUAGAACCUUUUCAGUUCCAGCAGGAUAAUUAUUAACCCAUUGGCUGCAAGUGGAGGGAGAAAGGAAAAAUCCCAGCAGACAGUAUGUCAGCCUCGGCCGUCUUUAUCCUUGAUCUAAAGGGAAAGCCCCUUAUCAGCAGGAAUUACAAGGGUGAUAUCAACAUGCUGGAGAUCGACCAUUUCAUGCCCUUGCUGGUGCAGAAGGAAGAGGAGGGCAACCUGACUCCAUUGCUGACCCACGGAAAAGUGCACUUCAUGUGGAUCAAACACAGCAAUCUCUAUUUGGUUGCACUGACCAAUAAGAAUGCCAAUGCCUCUCUUGUGUAUUCCUUUCUAUAUAAGGUGGUAGAGGUGUUCUCAGAAUACUUUAAAGAGCUGGAGGAAGAGAGUAUCCGGGAUAACUUUGUCAUUGUGUACGAGCUGCUGGAUGAAAUCAUGGACUUUGGGUUUCCACAGACAACAGAGAGCAAGAUUCUACAGGAGUAUAUCACACAGCAAGGAAACAAACUGGAUACGGGCAAAUCUCGUGUCCCCACCACUGUGACCAACGCAGUGUCCUGGAGGUCUGAAGGGAUCAAACAUAAAAAGAAUGAAGUCUUCAUAGAUGUGAUUGAGUCUGUCAAUAUUCUAGUGAAUAGCAACGGCAGCGUUCUACGGAGUGAGAUUGUGGGCAGUGUGAAGCUGAAGGUCUUUCUCACCGGGAUGCCAGAGUUACGGCUGGGGCUUAAUGACAGAGUCCUCUUUGAAUUAAGUGGACGUAACAAGAAUAAAACAGUGGAGCUUGAAGAUGUAAAGUUUCACCAGUGCGUCCGCCUGUCCCGCUUUGAGAAUGACCGCACUAUUUCUUUUAUCCCUCCGGAUGGGGAUUUUGAGCUCAUGUCUUACAGGCUGAACACACAGGUUAAACCACUAAUCUGGAUAGAAUCUGUGAUUGAGAAAUUCAGUCAUAGCCGGCUGGAGAUUAUGGUGAAGGCCAAGGGGCAAUUUAAGAAACAGUCAGUGGCAAAUAAUGUGGAGAUUUAUGUGCCAGUACCAAGUGAUGCGGAUUCUCCUAAGUUUAAAACCAGCGUGGGGAGUGCGAAAUACGUCCCUGAAAAAAACGUGGUGGUCUGGACAAUCAAAUCAUUUCCGGGGGGGAAGGAGUAUCUUAUGCGUGCGCACUUCGGCCUGCCCAGUGUGGAGAGAGAAGAGGUAGAAGGAAAACCCCCAAUAAGCGUCAAGUUUGAAAUACCCUACUUCACAGUUUCAGGAAUCCAGGUUCGAUACAUGAAGAUCAUCGAGAAAAGUGGAUACCAAGCCCUUCCAUGGGUCAGAUAUAUCACUCAGAGUGGAGAUUAUCAGCUGCGAACCAACUGAACAAACCACCGCCUGUUGACUUCUUAAAGGGAAAGUAUCCCAAAUACUGAGAAUUGCUUUCAAAUGUGGGCUUUUUUGUUUUAAUAUUUCCUUGGCACCUUUAAUCCCCCUGCCCCGUUCUCCUUGCAUUGGGAGCAUGAUGAUUUGCACUUGCAUUGAAAGCCCUGGGCGGGACCCCCAUCAGUGCAGGCUGGAGGGACCCUCAUGAUAUUUCUCAUAGAAAGAUGCAGUUGUUUACCGAGCAAUACAAUAAGGCGUGUUUGUUCUGCACUCCCAGAAAAAACCUUUCUCAAACUAAAUGGGGGGUCGACUAGAUGGGUAUUCCUCUUCAACUCUGCCCCCGAUCAUUUUGAAGUCGCAUCUCUCCCACCCUAUGUCUGCAAUCAGUAGCUCAGAAAACUCAAUAUGUGGUGAUACUUUCCCUUUUUUAGAUGAAUUUGUAUUAAAAUAGCAAUUAAAGAAAUUCAUAUUUCUUCUUAAAGUAAAUAUUCUGUUUAAAAUAAUAAUGAGAAUGAUGCAAUAUACAUUGACAAAGAGGUGAAACAGUCCUUUAAUGGGGAUUGUGGUACUGACAUUGUACCCCUGGGUGGGCAGUUCUGCAGGUCUGGGGGGAACUUUUCUUCUCAGCACAUGACUGAUAUCACAAUAAAGCCUGGUUGCAAUUACCUAUUUAACUAUGAUAUUGCAGAGCACUGGUGGCUCCUUUAGCUAAAGCAAUUACAUUUUUAUAUUUCCCUCUAACUGGAAAGCUAAGACUACUUUAUACCCCUAGGCUAAUGUAUUGUAAUGUUGCAUCACUGUGACAUCGCCAGGUCAUUAUCUGCCUCUUUAUUUGUUCGCUGGUUUUACUGGAGAUCUAUAUCACACCAAAGGAUUAUUAUAUAUAAAUCUGUUUUUCGUUGUGUUGGUGAAUUUGAGGUGUACAAAUUGAAAACGUGUUCAAUAAAAUAUAUAUCUUUUCAUCUU